AUGAGCAGCGUGCGUUUGCGUGCGCGUGGUAACCUAUCGGCAACACACUCAGACCUAUUGCUGCGUCGUGAGAUGCGUAAUAUGUAUGUGACGCUGCUAAAUGCGGACGAUAAGGAGUAUUUGAAUUUGAAAAUUCAAACGUUAAAGAAUUUGGAGUUAUUUUUGAUGGAAGAGGAAUCGAAGAUGGUGAAGAAUAACGAUGAAUAUCGAGCGCAAGGUAUUAUAGAACAUUAUAAAUAA